CUUCUUCUUCUUUUGGUCUUCUAACUUUCAGAGUAAGGCCUCUCCAAUUCAAAAAGUUCACAAAAUAUUAAAAAGAAAACAAAAUUACAAAUCUGUUGUCUCUUCUCCCUGAUUUGUCUCUUCUGUCAACUUCCUUUGUCAUCUCCUCUGAUACACAUUGUGUUCUCCAUCUCAGAAACCCUAGAUUUCUCCAUCAAAUCUAGCUUUUCUUGUUUCUUUGGGAGAUUUGCUUUCUCUCGUGGAGACUGUAACAGUAGGAGAAGCUACUUACUUAAUUCCAAAUCUGCAAUCGAGUUCUUAGUGAUACUCAAGAUUUUAACUUCUUUUUGUUUUUUAGGUUUCAUAGAAACAAUUUGGAUCUUGAAAGCUGAUUGAUUACUGGGUAAAUUAAGAAACCGCCAUUGUUGUUCUCUUUAUUAGGGUUUACGAUUUCUUAGGGAAUUAAAGUUUCCUUUUUUAAAAAAAUCUCUUCUUUUAUUUUUGUACUCUUUAAAGAUUUGUAAUUUAGGGUUUUUUAAUGCAUGGACGGAAGAGAAGCAAUGACAUUUCCAGGCUCGCAUCCUCAGUACUAUCUUCAAAGAGGAUCCUUUCCCAAUCUUACACCUUCCCAGGUCGCGAGUGGUCUUCACGCGCCGCCGCCGCCACCACAUCCGGGGUUUAGGCCAAUGUCAAACCCUAACAUUCAUCACCCUCAGGCUAGCAACCCAGGACCUCCUCCUUUCUCCAUGGCUGAGCACUCUGAUUUUGGGCACAGUAUUCACAUGGGGAUGGGUUCCUCUGCUUCUGCUGCGGAGUUUCAGCCGCCUCUAUCACAACCGCCGCCACCGCCAUCUCCACCGGCGGGGACACCGCCGGCUAGGAAGAAACGUGGACGACCGAGAAAGUAUGCUCCUGCUCCUGAUGGACCAGUCUCUCUAGGGCUUUCUUCAAUGCCUUGUGUUAGUAGUAAUAAGUCCAAGGACUCAUCUCCAAUGUCUGAUGAUCCUAAUGCACCCAGACGAGCCAGAGCCAGAGGUCGACCUCCUGGAACUGGAAGGAAGCAACGCUUGGCUAAUCUUGGUGAGUGGAUGAAUACAUCAGCUGGAUAUGCUUUUGGACCUCAUGUGAUCAGCGUUGAAGCAGGAGAAGACAUUGUUGCGAAAAUUGUGUCAUUUUCACAGCAAAGACCUCGAGUUCUUUGUAUAAUGUCAGGCACUGGAACAGUUUCUUCAGUCACUCUGCGUCAACCCGGUUCAACAACACCUCACUUAUCAUUCAAGGGACGUUAUGAUAUUCUAAGUUUAGGUGGAUCGUAUCUGGUGAAUGAUGAAGGUGGAUCCAAAAGUCGAACAGGCGGGUUGAGUGUCUCUCUUUCUAAUGGCGAAGAAGGUCUUGUUUUUGGCGGUGGAAUUAGCACGCUUAUCGCAGCCAGCCUUGUUCAGGUGGUGGCUUGUAGUUUUGUAUAUGGAGCAAGUGCAAAGUCUUAUAAUACCAAUAACAACAAGACCAUCAGACAAGAAAAAGAACCAAAUGAAGAGCACAACAAUAGCGAUAUGGAGACCACACCGUGUAGUGCACCAGAAGCUGCAGCAUCGGCGGGUCAGCAGACGCCACCAAACUUCUCAGCUGCUCAGGGAAUGAGCGAAUGGCCCGGUUCAGGAUCAGGAAGGUCACUUGACGACUCUAGCAGAAACCUACUCACUGAUAUUGAUUUGACUCGCGGAUGAUUCAAAAAACAAAAACCAUUAUUAGUCUCUUAAGCAGCAGCAGCAUACAUAGUGUGAGUGCUGUACAUAUCUUUGUUGUUGUAGAUGUCUCUCUCUGGGAAAGCUAAUACCAGACAUUUCAGGAUUUGAGACCAGAUCUCUCAGUUCCUUCUAACACUGUUAAUGUAACUGAACUCCCUGCUUUCAGGCUAUCUAAGGAGAUUUUAACUCUUUA